UGAACAUAUAAGUAAAUAAAUAUUGCAAUGUACAUAAGUAUUUUGACAACAUUAGUCUUUCUUAUUGUGCAAACCAAGACACAGAAAGUUCCAUGGGCGCAAUGGGGCCUCUGGACUCAAUGCGACCAACCUUGUGAUUACGGACUACAGAGGCGGUAUAGAGGCUGCGUACAAACUUCACAGGCGAAAUGCACCGACAGACAAACUCGGUUAUGUACUACUGGAACUUUGUGCUCCCAUAUGCACCCAAAAGAUAUGAAAAUGCCGGUGAAUAUUCAUGAACCAUAUUGGCUGCCGUGGCAAGGCUGGUCGUUAUGCACAGUAACCUGUGGUGGCGGUGUACGAAAUAGAGUGAGAAAAUGUGCGCCAGAAUCCGGGAGAACUUGCCAGAAAACAGGGAGUGAAAAUUGCAAUUUGCAAAAAUGUAAAAGCAGAAAUCGAGUGCCAACAUGGAAUUCAUGGACACCGUGGUUAGAAUGUUCAAAAACAUGUGGUAGCGGAAUUUCGACCCGUUAUAGAUCAUGUAAAAGAAAUGGUAGUCCAUCAAACUGCGUGGGGAAAAGCACAGAAGUGAGAUAUUGUAAAUUAAUGGAUUGCGAAUUAGAACCAAAAGGGAAUGCAUGGGCACCAUGGUCACAGUGUUCAAAAACCUGUGGUAGCGGAUAUUCGACGCGCGAUAGAUCGUGUGAAAAGACGGGUAGUCGGUCAAGUUGUGUUGGGUCUAGCACAGACGUGAGACGUUGUAAGUUGACGAAUUGCGUACCAGUCGACCCAAUGAAAGUUAGUUGUACUUUUACAUAAUAAGAAUCAAAUUGGAAUAAAUGGGAAUCCUGGAUGCAAUGUUCUGUUACGUGUGGAAGAGGUAUUC